GUCUGCUUCGCGUUCACUUAAUCUACCCCCAUGUGAAUGUAACAUGACUUCAGGUGUGUAAAAUGUUUUUCACUCUUACAGUCAAUAAAUGCAACAUUAUCUCAAAUUAUUUAAUGGUAACCAGAAGUUUCUCUUUUUUUUAAGAAUUAAUGAAAGGUUAGUGUGUUUCUUUCAUUUAAUCAUGAUAUAGACUUGUAUUUGUUCAUAUAUAUAAAAAGUGGUGUUUAACAACAAAAUUCUUGAAACUCUUAAAUGUUUUUGAUAAUAUAACAUUACUUAAUAUUUGGCAUAAAGAAGUUGCUUUGAAUAGUCUGCUAUUAAAGGACCAUCAGCCACAUCCUUUGAUUGGCUAAAACCUUGACUCCUCAGAGCUGAUAGGGAAUGUUCAAAUGAGGAGGGGGCGGGUUUCCAAUAAGUAAACAGCGCUCAAUCCAUUAUAAAAGUGGCCUCAACUCCUUCAUCCUCUUCACAGCAUCCAGUGAACAUUGCUGAUCAGUUCUUGUUGUGAAGCCAUGGCGAUGAAGUGGAGUGUAGUUUGUCUCGUGGCAGUGGCCAUGCUUGGCUGUCUGUGUGACGCUCAGUCUUGGCCACCCUUAGCUAAACCAGGGCAGCAACCCUCCAGACGCAAGCCUCAGCAGCCUCAGCAGCCUCAGCAGCCUUAUCAACCACUGAAUCAGAAGCCGAGGCCCCCACCAAAAGACCCCACCCAGGCUAAGCAGACGUUUGAGACACCACUGGAUUGGACCUAUCCUCUGGACCCAAAGCCAGAACCCAAGGUUGUUGGGAGCUCAGAGGCGAGAACCCCAGUGGCUGCCAAUUCAGUGGCGGCUGAGUGUAGGGAGAACAUGGUCCACGUGGAAGCAAAGCACGACCUGCUGGGGAUCGGCCAGUUGAUCCAGCUAGAAGACCUCACUUUGGGAGACUGCGCUAUCACUGGAUUUGACAAUGUCAACCAGGUGCUCAUCUUUGAGUCUGCACUGCAGGCAUGUGGCAGCCAACUAAGGGUAUGUGUUAUAAUGAUGAUAAUGAUAAUAAUGAACUGUAUUUAUAUUAUUUGAAAAGAAAAAGGAAUAAUUAUAACCACAAAUGGGUGCUAAGUGUCAACAACAAAAAAAUCCAAGCCCAGGUAUUUAUAUUAUAUGUAGGGCAUUAUUGUACAUGGCAAUUAGUUGUCAAUUUACCUGAACAAAUGGUUUAAUGAUUUUUUAAAAUGUUAUAGUCCUGUCCACAGUAAAUUGGUCUAUAUUGUAAUUACAUUUGUGAAUGUAUUAACAUUGUUGUGAUUGUUUCUCAGAUGACUACCAGCUCCCUCAUCUAUAUCUUCACUCUAAAUUACAAACCCAAACCUCUGGCAAACACCCCCCUCAUCAGGACAAAUGAAGCUAUGAUCAACAUUGAAUGUCACUAUCCAAGGUGGGAGAAGCAGACCUAGGUCCAAAUAGUACAGCCUGAUUUAGCUUGCCCGCCACAACGGAACUAAUGAAACAGUUCCAAAAGUACCAAUCCUGCCCACCCAUCAUGUAGUAUAAGAUAAAUCAAGCACACUGGAAGUAUUUCAGGAAUUAAUCUCAACCCAGGGUAGCCCCAUCCCACUAUAGCAAUUUUUAAUCUGUUUAAUAUAUAUACUAUUUUUUACAAACUACUGACUGCAGAAUUAAGUUGUCAAAAGAGAUAUAUGUAUUACAUUGCAGGUUUGAUUGAAUUGAGUCUCUAGUUGCAGGUGAAUACAGGACCCCACUACACUGUUACACUAGCAUUAAAGUUAUCAUACGUUCACCACACCCACAGUGGGACAUUUAUUUGGCUUUCAGCUUCUUAGUUUGAAACACAAUUAAUAUUAAAAACAGGUAUGGUGAUUUCUAUACAGACGUACAACACAUUUACACAUAAGAUCUGUUAAACAAUGCCUCUCCUCCAGGAAACACAACGUGAGCAGCCUGGCCCUGAUCCCAACCUGGACCCCUUUCUCCGCUGCUAAGUAUGCAGAGGAACUCCUGUACUUUUCCAUGAGGCUCAUGACUGGUGGGUAAAGAUGCAGUGUAGAGAGGGUCCACACUAAAAAGCCAAUAUCCCUGACCCAGAUUUUUCCUGGACUAAAAAGCACUUUCAGUAGAGAUUCUCCAUCGAGUUCUAUUGAAAUUCUUAAUUCAGUGUACAUUUUAGAUCAGGAGUAGACUUCAUCUGUUAAUUUCGAUAAUGUUUGUAUCAAUGGCAAAUGUAAUGUUACAACUUCUCUUGGCAGCUGACUGGCAGUAUGAGAGGGCUGGUAACAUGUACGUGCUGGGUGAUAUGGUGAACAUCGAGGCCUCUGUCAUGCAGUACUUCCACGUCCCCCUGCGUAUCUUUGUGGACAGCUGUGUGGCCACCCUGGAACCCAACAUGAACGCCAAUCCUAGAUACGCCUUCAUUGAGAAUCAUGGGUAAGUAUGGGAGGGGGUUCAGUCAACACUAGGAGUGGUUUCGCAGACAGAGAUUAAGCCUAAUCUUGGAUUUAAAUACACUUUUAAACUGGACUAAUGAAAAUGUUAUUUCUCAAACAUGGUUUAAAAUAGUCAUAGACUUGAACUAAUCUGGAUUAAACAGUCUGAUUUCUACAAAGAACAUUUGAGCUAGUCCAGGUCUAAAUGAGGGUAUAAACUAAACCAAGAAGGAGGCAGGUUUAGCUUCAGAAUAAUGCACUGUGUCAAUGGCAAUAUAGGUUUCCUGCUUUCCCUGACAGUUUAAAGUUAAAGUGGAGUGUUCCUUUUCCAAGUGAGUUAUUCCAGAAUUAGGUAAUUGAUUUCACUUGCAUUAAAUGGUUGUCCAAACUUUCUUGGCUAUCUGUUGCAGAAUAAUAUUGUUAUGGGGUAAUAUUUUAUUAACUGCAAUGUUUGCUUUUAUCUUCUGCAUUAUUUUAUUUUACUUGUUUGCCCCAGUCUGUGCUCAUACAUACAAUGCUUGAAUAUGUGUGGUGCAUACCAGGCUUCUGAAGCAACCUCAGGUCAUAACCACCUGCACAUAGUUCAUCUAAUUAUGCUGCGUUUACACAUGCAGCGCAAUUCUGAUAUCUUUCCACUAAUUGGUCUUUUGAUCAAUCAGAUCAGCUAUUUUGCCAAUAAUUGGGCCUUAGAUCAGAAUUGUGCAGCCUCUGUCAAGAGUCAUGUUCCCCUAAGAUGUUGCUGACGCAUACUUGAUGUUACAAUGCUUGGAUAGGUAUUUUACAUAUCAGCUAACCACAUAAUAUGUUAUAGCAAUCUGUCAUUGGUUGACGCAUUCAACGUCUGAGUAGGGCAACACGAUCAAGGACUCCACGGUCUAGAUCUAGAAGACAGUAAUCUGAAGUUAAGCAAUGUUUCAAAAAUUAAUUUUUUAUUCUGGAUUAAUGUAAGAAGCCUAUUCGUGAUGUAAUUUAAGAUCUGUCCAGGAAACUGGCUCUAGUAGGAUUAGUAGCGGAGGGGGUUCGGUGAACUGUGCUAGUGUGAUGAGUAAACUUGACGGAGCAACAUCUAAUGCUUAGGCUUUAGCGCAGAGGGCUAACACGUUCUUGAGUUGUGCAGGCAACCAGGGCAGUUUAAUGAGUACACUGACUGUCAUGUUGUUAAAUGUGAGCCCAGCUAAUGCUUGCCCUGCCCCUGCCCAUGCACCAUCUUUGCCCCCACAGGUGUCUGAUCGAUGCCAAGGUGACAGGUUCCCACUCCCAGUUCAUACCUCGUUCCGCAGACUACAAGCUGCAGUUCCAGGUGGAGGCUUUCAGGUUCCAGAGCCAGAGGGGGAGUGACCCAAUUUUUCCGCAGAAAACAAAGACACCUGUUCAGACUGCUUCAGAUUAUCCCAUUCCGCUCGACGCGGUGAGUUAAUUCAUUCAGUUCAAUACUACUUUAUUUAUCCCUCACGGAGCAGUUAUGCAGACAAGCAGAAAGAAUACUAACAAAUAACACGGAAACAUAUCACAUGAUACAUAAUUGUUUUAUUGUGUAUUUAUCCUAUGCUUUAAUUGUCAUAGUGGCCACUGUAACAAUGGCCAUGUUCUUGGUAAAUCCCAACAGAUCUUUAUUACCUGUCACCUGAAGGCAACCACAAUUGCCUACCCCAUUGAUUUUGAGUACAAGGCCUGCUCCCUCAUUAAUACGUAAGUGUGUACGUUCUACACCUGGGUCAAAUACAUGUUACAUUAAUGAAAUAAAUGUUUAUACUUUGACAAAGUGUAUGUUAUGCGAUACAUGAAAGGUAUAUUUAUGUUACGUCAAUAAUGCAAUGCUGGUUUGAUUGAAUGUAUCCCUAAAGCUGCAGUUUGUUAACAGGUGGAGGGAGGCUGGUGGGAAUGAUGGAGUGUGUGGCUGCUGUGACUCCACCUGUAGUAACAGGAAGGGACGCGAUACCACCAAACACCAAAAACCAGCAAGUACGUAUGAGGCAACAAAGGCCUGCUUUUUAAGAUAACAACAAUGUGACAAACAUUGACAACGUGGAAACUUCAAAAAUACUUGCAGAGAAUGUUUGAAUUUCUGAAAGGUCAAAAUCUGCUCACUGUUUGCUGCCCCUAAAAGCCAUUUUUGAAAAUGUUUUAUUCACCACUUAAUAAUUAUGUGAGUGGAUAUUGAGUGGAUAUUGAUGUUCUUAACCUAGCUGUCUUUGUAUUGUCCAGCUGCUGAAGGCUGCUUUUGGAUAUGUGUAAUGACUCUCCUGUCCUUUUGUCUGCUCUCUCCUCAGAUAUAUGGGAGGGAGAUGUUCAGCUUGGUCCCAUCUUUAUCACGGAGAAGGUUGUGUAAUAAAUUCAGAACCUGCCAUUGGCAUGCCC